AUGCAGGAGGUAUACCGCAACUCCUUCUUGAAUAUCUCUGCCACAGCCGCGAAAGACAGUAGCGAGGGCCUCUACUCACAUCGCGUCCCACAACACUUGUGGGAGGAGGUUGUACUCUUGGAUGUUGAUGGCCUUGAUAAAGGCUCAGAGAAGACACAUGUAUAUCGUCACGGGAACGACUCCGACUCGGCCACACAGCACCGAGGCCCCAACGCCGCUGAUACAGCCGGCCUUGCCACCGGUUCGGAGCACCUUCAGGUGACUAAGAUACAAAGCUGUCUACUAGUGGACAUUUCAAACUGGGAGACACUAGUCAACCAAGCCCCCGUCAACACGCGUGGGUGGGUGGUCCAGGAGCGACUACUGGCCCCCAGAGUGUUGCAUUUCUGCCGUGGCCGAAUCGCAUGGGAGUGUGCAGAGUUUGAAGACAUCGAGGGGCAUGCCCCACACAUGCCCAAUUAUCGACUGAUUGGGGAUGAAGUUUAUGAGGGGAUCCCAAUCAAGGGGCUGCAACCAGGAGAACAUGGCAAAAUGCUCCGGUUUGGCAAGCUCCGCGGAGCGGUCGAGCCCGUCGCCUUGACCGAAAACGACCCAGAAACUAAGACUGUUCAUUCACUUGAGCUGUGGUCUCGGAUUGUUGAGGUGUAUUGCAAGACCGACUUGACGCAAGACCAGGACAAACUGAUUGCACUGUCGGGCUUAGCUCAACGCAUGGCUGAUAUCAUCAUCGCACAGUCGGGGAUACAGCGAGACCAAAUACGGUAUAUAGCCGGCCUUUGGAGCGUGCACCUUGCCAGUCAGUUGCUUUGGCAUGUUGAGCCAGUAUUCAAAGGCGAUUCCGACUCCAGCUCCGAAACAUUCAAGUACUUGUCGAAACGUCCGAAGAAUUACAGAGCACCAUCUUUCUCUUGGGCUUCCGUCGAUGCCCAGUUCAGCGGUGGUAUUACUUGUGGACAUGUUCAAAAUUCUGACGACAUUCUUGUCGAAAUCCCACAGAACCAAGACGAAAAUUGGCCUAAACGGGACACAAAGGAAUGGACACAGAGCUUAUGGGCUUCACAUGAGACGGCCAAUAAUUUUGGUGUAGUCAAAAGCGGUCACAUUCGGUUGUGGGCCUGGGUACACCACGUGAAGUUGCUACGAAAGGGAGCGCACUAUUCCUGGUCCUUGUUUGCCAACAAUACCACUAGUGCUAGUCCUGGCAAAAGAAGGAAGAACAACACGGAAAGCUUCAACGUUUACCUCGACUGCCCAAACGAUGAUGACAAAGACAACAAGCUCAUCAAUUCAGACGAUAUUUACUGCCUUCCGAUGGCUUAUGGGUCGUUGACGAGCUCUACGGAUCUCAUCUGUCUCCUUUUGAUAAAAUCUCCUGAGGAAGAUCAGAUCCUGAAAUGGCCAGACGAGUAUCGGCAGUGGACUUUCAAGCGCGUUGGCUACACGAAGGUAUCUGAGACGUUUGACCACUCUACGUGGGACUACAUUUCCAAUUUCAGGCCUUCUCAGAAGGUCUCGAAUGCGUUUUAUGACGAAACAACUGGGAGAAAUCUCGUGUGUAUCAUUUGA